AUGCAAACUAAUAAAAAACCGUAAGUUCUAAUUUUUCAACAAAAACAAUGCUUCAAUGUAUUUAUUUCAGUUAUUCUGAGCAACAAAUUGAAAGUGUUCCGGACGAAGAAAAGAAGAUUCGAAUAAAUCGAAGUCGAAUCAUACAAAUCACAAGUUCUAGGAAUAUUUAUCAUGUUUAUAUCGAAGAUUUUAUAAAAGUAUCAAAUCUGAUAAAACAACAACAAGAGGAUGGAAAUGUGAUGAGCUCGAUUUCUUUGAAUAAUUUUGACAAUAAAACAGUUAUAUCAUUUGUCAAAUACAGUGCGUUUCAUAAUGAUAGGUUCACCCCCAAAAUUUCUGAAAUCAGCCGAGGUGUGAGUUGUAAUAACAAUCCGAGUUAA